ACCAAACCCUAGCGCCAAUCUAAAUACAAAAAAAAAAAAGGAAAUAAAACAACCAUAGCUUAGCUUUUUCACACUCUUUGCCAGCAGAUCUCCACCUGCUAUUUUUCUUUCUCUCUUCUUCUUCUUCUUGCAUUGGUUGGAAUUUUGUUUUUUUUUUUUUCUAUUUUUCCAACCGAAAAUGUAUAUGGUUUUGCAGCUGUACAAAAAAUCCUUGUGCUUUUCAUAAAAUUGAAAAUAAAGAAAAAAAAAAAUCGUAGGCGAAGAAUCAUAGGCCGAAGUGUUUCACAUGCAAAGACAACGCAUAGACUGAAGGGUGAGAGAGAAAUAGAGAAGAAAAAGGGAAACUUGGUUUUUUACGCCUGUUUACUUAUAUAUAUAUAAUUUUUUAUUUUGGGUUUUUUUUUUUAUUUAUUUAUUGGAAAUGUGGUUUGGGAAAGGAGAAGAAGGUUUAAUGGUGAAGUUGGACUUUUCUGGGAAUUUGAUGAAUUUUUGAUUGAAAGAAAGAAGGGAUGCAAGAUUUUGGGAUUGUUGUGAAUUACGUAUGUUUCGACGUUUGGGAUGGUUUGUUGGUCUGAAUUAUAGAACUUCAUCUCCGAGGAGGUUGACAGAUGCCAAGCCUCGGCCGGCUAAGGUUAAGCCGGUGGCUAUGUUCGAAACUGUACAGGAGAUUGCCAUCUACAUUCAUAGGUUCCACAAUCUUGACCUUUUCCAACAGGGAUGGUAUCAGAUUAAGAUCACCAUGAGAUGGGAAGAUAGUGACCAUACCUCUUUUGUGGGAACUCCAGCAAGGGUUGUUCAAUAUGAAGCUUCUGAUCUAGGUUCUGAUUGUAUAUAUGGAGUAUGGGGAAUUGAUGAUACAGACAACAGUUUCACAACUCAGCCAUUCCGGAUAAAAUAUGCGAGGCAGGAUUUGUUUUUAUCGAUCAUGGUAUCAUUUAAUCUAUCUCUAGCUAAUCAUGAGGGUCCACCCACAUCUGCUGUGAUUAUGAAAUUUGAACUCAUGUAUGCUCCCAUAUUGGAGAAUGGGCCUGAUGUGCAAGCUUCUCUAAAUGCUUGCCCUGCUGCGGUCCAUGAGUUUAGGAUUCCACCUAAAGCUCUUCUGGGAUUGCAUUCAUAUUGCCCUGUUCAUUUUGAUACAUUCCACACUGUCCUUGUUGAUGUAACUGUACACAUCAGUAUGCUAAGAGCUGGUGGUUCCACUGUUGGCACCAAGUUAUCCAGUGAUUCUUAUACUGCUGAAGUCGCUGGCACUGAAUUUUCCAGUGGGUCAAAUCAAGCAUCAGGUCAGGCAGCUUCAAUAAACAGGGAAGGUGUCAUGAUUGUUAAAUCAUUAGUCAGUGCACGUGAUAUUCUGCUUGAAGAGUUACAAAGACUUGGCAAAGCAAUUGACAAAACAGUUGAUUUGACUGAUUUCAUAUCUAAAAUGGAUGAUAUAAAAUUGUUUGAGUUAAUCCUUGAAGCAAAUUUGGGUGCACCAGAUGGUGAAGUUUUAAGACCUGGCAAGCCACAAAAUGAUCUUGAGAAAGCAAAUGGUGUUUCAGACAUUCACACUCAUGACUGGUUAUCAACUGUACCCACUGAUGCUAUACUGAACAUUUUUCAUUUAUUGGGCAAUCAAGUGUCAUAUUUAUGGAGCACUUUUCUGCAGUUUCACAGGUCAAACAAAAAAAAGAUAUUGGAAUAUCUAUGUGAUGCAUGGGCCAUGGAUAGAAAAGCUGAAUGGUCAAUAUGGAUGGUUUACUCUAAGGUUGAGAUGCCUCAUCAUGUUUUGAAUAGCGGAGGUGAUGAUUCUUCCCGCAAUGGUGGCCACAAAAGGGUGUCAACUCUCUGGAAAUUAACUGAUGAUCCUGCUCACUCUGCUGCUAUGCGUGCUGAUCUACAUCGACGAAGUAUUUCACAGAUGAGGAUUAACAAUCGGUCAAUUCAAGACAUGCAUAUAUUUGGAGAUCCUUCUCAUAUUCCUAUCGUAAUUGUGGAGCGUGUUAUGAAUGCGCCACGGCGUUCUACAAGUGAAAAUUCUUACCUGAGACGUUUGGAUGUGUUUACCUCAACUGGCUUACUCACUGGAACUGGCUCUGAAACUGUACACAAGCCAUCUGGCACUAAUAAACCAAAAAAUGGUCGUGUCUUAAAGAUUGUUGUGUUCGUGCAUGGGUUUCAGGGACAUCAUCUGGAUUUACGGCUUGUUCGUAACCAAUGGCUUCUGUUAGAUCCCAAGAUAGAAUUUCUAAUGUCAGAGGCAAAUGAAGACAAAACAUCUGGAGACUUCAGGGAAAUGGGACUAAGGCUGGCUCAGGAAGUGAUUUCUUUCCUUAAAAAGAAAAUGGAUAGAGCUUCAAGACAUGGAGUGUUGAGUGAUAUCAAGCUUAGUUUUGUGGGACAUUCUAUUGGAAAUGUCAUUAUAAGAACAGCACUAGCAGAAAGCAUUAUGGAGCCAUACCUAAGACACCUGCAUACAUAUGUUUCUAUAUCGGGUCCACACUUGGGGUACCUUUACAGUUCAAACUCUUUAUUUAACUCCGGAAUGUGGCUUUUAAAGAAGCUCAAAGGAACACAAUGCAUUCAUCAGCUUACUUUCACAGAUGACCCAGAUAUCCGAAAUACAUUCUUUUACAAGCUAUGUAAGCAGAAGACUCUAGAGAAUUUCAGACAUAUAAUUCUUUUAUCUUCACCACAGGAUGGAUAUGUUCCGUACCAUUCUGCGAGAAUCGAUAUGUGCCAGGCAGCUUCAUGGGACUACUCAAAGAGGGGGAAAAUAUUUUUAGAGAUGCUGAAUGAUUGCUUGGACCAAAUGCGUGCUCCUUCAUCAGAGCAACGAGUGUUCUUGCGAUGUGAUGUCAACUUUGACACCUCUUCCUAUGGCAAGAACCUGAACUCUUUCAUCGGACGGGCUGCUCAUAUUGAUUUUUUGGAGUCUGAUAUGUUUGCCAGGUUCAUACUAUGGUCUUUCCCAGAAUUGUUUCGGUAGCAGCUGUGAGAAUAUGCUGCUUUGGUGUUUUGGGGCAAUCCAGUUUCUCUGGCCUGUCUUCAGCAGGAAUGCAGACAUCCAUAAGCGGUUUUCGAGCUGGGAUGUUGAAUUGAAGCCAUGUCCUUUAAAUGUUUCCGUCAGGAACUGCAUAUUGAGAUUGGCCUCUGUAAAUUAUAGUCUUGAAGCCGAUCUCAAGGUAAAAAAGAAGGCUGAAAGUGAAUUUUCCCAGGAAUGCCACAAGCCUCCUGGCUCAGAACAUCCAUAUUCGUGCUUUCCGAAAGGUUGCACUGAGUGUGAAUUAGUACUAAUAGCCAAGGUUUAAAGAAAUAGUUUGUGUAAUUAAUUACUAGGCUGAUGUUUAGAUUUCCUUUCAAAGAUUAUGCUGUUAAUCCACUCCCAGUUAGAAUUUAGAUGGUCCAUGUAAUCUAUAUAUGAAAGGUUUAGAAUCGGGGUUUAUAUAGGAUUUUGGUAUAAUAUUACUCUUUAUUUAUUUAGUUUCCUAAAUGAUAUCUGCAGAACCGCUCUAAUGUUCUAAAUUCAGUGAGGCUCAGUUUCUUGUUUAUAAGAAUUAUGUGGAUGUAAUAAAAAGAUAAAUGCCAUCCACUAAUAUCUUUUUUAUGUUUAUAUGAAACAUCAAUAGUUUCUGAUGGUAUUAUAUGUACUAGAGUUCUCAAAUAUAUUGUAUGUACUUUUAUUUAUUUA